AUUGAGGUCUGGGUGAAUACCAGGCUUUCGUGGCAGAUGAUAGUAUGUGGUGCUGAUGACCAUGGCCACCUGAAAAUGGCAAGUUAGCUUCCUGAAAUAUUGGACCAUUUGGAUGAUGCCACCUGGCUUAAUACCUGAGAUUUUGAGUGUUCACUUAACUAAAUUGUCAACAGUGUGCAUUGUGAAACACAUUAUGUGUUAUAUCCAUUUGCAGUGAUCUGGAAAGUAUUCUUAUUACAGAAUGGAGAAAAAUAUCACUCAGGCUCAGCAAAUGACGCCGCUGCUUGCUGCUGUGAAUGGACUUGUCACACUACAAACUGCAGCUGCCUCAGCACCUCCGAUGCCCCCACCUGUGCCACAGAUGACGCCUUCGGUGCCGCCAUUCCGUGCCUUCAGUCCGGGCUCUGAACGCUGGCCAGAAUACAUCGCCCAGCUCGAGGCUCAACUCGUCGCAUACAACAUACCAGAAUUGGAUUCUCCGCAGCUUCCGCUGCAACAGCCCAUGACUCAACUGACGGCGGCUCCGCUGCUCCUGCCUAUGGUGCGGGUGCCCCUGACUGCGCCGCUGAUCUGGUCUGCUGCACUGGGCGGGCGCCUCUCGUCACCGCCAUGGCCCCACCUCCAACUGCCAUUGCUGUCGUGUUACUUCGUGGUGCCUGAGCCGAUGGAUUCUGACGUUGACGUCACGCCGCCACUGUCACCCAUGGAAGUUGUUGCUCCGACUCUUUGUCUGAGCAUACCCAGUGGUGUUCAAGUGUUUCAUUAUGUUCUUGGUUUUUGA